AUGACCAAGACACUUCACGAACGAUUCCUCCAGGAAAAGACGGUCGCCAUCGUCGGCUGCCCCUUCUCGGGCGGUCAGAGGCGCAAGGGGGUCGACACCGGCCCCGUCUCGCUCGUCUCGGCGGGCAUCUGCAAGCAGCUCGAGUCGCUUGGCUGGAAGGUCGAGUUUGACGGCCACCACUCGUUCGACCACAUCAACGAGGGAAUCGACCAGGACACAGACAUCGGCAACAUGAAGCUGCCACGCACCGUCUCGGCCGUCACCAAGGAGGUGGCUGCUACCGUCGAAUCGCACGCAAGGGAGGGAAAGUUGCCGCUGACGCUCGGAGGCGACCACAGUCUGGCGCUCGGAACCGUCUCCGGAUCGCUUCGGGCUCACCCUGAUGCUGCGCUCAUCUGGAUUGACGCGCACGCCGACAUCAACACGCCCGACACCACCGAGUCUGGCAACCUGCACGGCUGCCCCGUCUCGUUCCUGCUGGGCCUGCAAGGCACCGACGUCGAGCCUUUCAACUCGUGGGUGCCCAAGAAGCCACUGCUGAAGGCCGAAAGCCUCGUCUACAUUGGCCUCCGCGACAUCGACUCGGGCGAGCGCAAGAUCCUCAAGGAGAACAACAUCAAAGCGUUCAGCAUGCACCACGUCGAUAAGUACGGCAUCGGGAGAGUGGUCGAGAUGGCGCUCGACCACGUCAACGGUGCUCCUGGCAAGCGUGACCGACCCAUCCACCUUUCCUUUGACGUGGAUGCGCUCGACCCCAGUGUUGCUCCCAGCACGGGCACCCCUGUGCGAGGCGGUCUCACCUUCCGCGAGGGCCACUACAUCUGCGAAGCGCUGUACGAGACUGGCUGCUUGGUGGCAUUGGACCUGAUGGAGGUCAACCCGUCAUUGCUCGAGGACCGGGAAGCGCAACAGACCAUCGCUGUCGGCUGCUCGCUCAUUCGCUCCGCCAUGGGCGAGACUCUUCUUUGA